UUCAUUAAAGUAUCUUAGUAAAAUAAUACAGUAAAUGCCACUCAAACAUUAUCGAUUAUUGAUCAUAUCUUAUCUGCGCUAUUAUUAUUAGCCAUUAUUCAAGAAAAUGGUAGAGUACGAAUCAGUUGUGUAAAGUCUAUUUAACGAGUUGGAAAAUAAAUAGGUUUCUUCAUUUUCUAAGUUAAAACCAAACCGAAAUGUUGUUGAAUGUGUUGCUACUUUUGUGUUCACUCCAAUCGAUCGUGAACGGAGUGGGUCUUCACGGAUUUACUUUUCGAGGUUUGAGGGAACCAGAGCCAUUGGCAAAGAAUGCGACCAUAAUCGAAGGUUGGAUCACUCAACCCGUAGACCAUUUUAAUCAUCGCGAUAAUCGUACCUGGUAUAUGCGUUAUCGGGAAAAUCCCAUAUUUCUGAAGACAAAUAGCCCUAUCUUUAUAAUGAUCGGCGGAGAAUGGGAAAUAUCGGACGGGUUUUUGCAAGGAGGAUUGAUGUACGAAUUGGCGUUGAAACACGGUGCCUUGAUGUAUUACACGGAACAUCGAUUUUACGGAAAAAGCAGACCAACAAGUGACACGAGCACGGAAAAUUUGCGAUACUUGAACGUUGAUCAAGCUCUUGCUGAUCUCGCUUAUUUUAUCGAAACCAAGAAGAAGGAGAAAAAGUUAGAAAAAAGUCCUGUGAUAGUGUUUGGUGGUUCUUACGCUGGAAAUAUGGCAGCGUGGGCACGACUCAAAUAUCCUCAUCUUAUUCAAGGCGCUUUAGCAAGCAGCGCGCCGAUUUAUGCAAAGGGCGAUUUUUACGAAUACUACGAGGUGGUGGCGAAAUCACUUGGUAGAACCAGCGCAAAAUGCGUCGAAGAUGUAAAAACUGCAUUCGAUUCAGUGGAAGAGUUGCUGCGCACGAAGAAUGGUUCUAACGACAUUAAGUCAAUUUUCAAUUUGUGCCAUGUGCCCGAUGUAAACUCUUUCAGCGAUCUUGGUCUCUUUUUAAAUACGUUAGCAGAGCUAUUUGCUGAAAACGUUCAAUAUAAUACAGUCGAAACUAAUCAAACGACAAUCGAACGGUUGUGCUUGGUCAUGACAGCGGAUCAUUUAGGUAGUCCUUUGCAGAGACUUGCACUUUUUUUCACGAAAGAUGUGCCGAAAUGUCUUGAUGUAAAUUACAAUAAUUUUGUAAAAAAAUAUCGAAAUGUUUUGUGGGAUUCGCCAGCAGCUGAGACUAUCAUGAGGCAGUGGACUUAUCAGACUUGCGCAGAAUACGGUUAUUAUCAAACAUCAAGCUCGAACAACUCGAUUUUUGGAACGUUGUUUCCUUUAAAUUAUUUUAUCACCUUGUGUAUCGACCUUUAUGGUGAUCACUAUGAUGAAACAAUAUUGAAUUCACGAGUUAGAAGAACUAAUAUUAUGUACGGAGGACGAUUGCCGGAUUUAACAAACGUUAUUUUCACAAACGGCGAUAUCGAUCCGUGGCAUGCAUUGUCGGUGCUCGAUGAUCUAAAUGCUUUCUCUCCUGCUAUUCUCAUCAAAGGAUCUUCUCAUUGUUGCGAUCUUUAUAGCGAUGCUGCCACAGACAUUCCUGACUUAAAAAAAGCCAGAAUGAAGAUUCGCGAUAUAAUUGGCAAAUGGUUGACCUCAUGAAAAUUCUUAAAUUUUCUGCGAAUACUUGUUGUUGCAAUUUCUCAGACAGACAAUAAAUAAUAAAAGGAUAGUACCGCCGUAUUCUUUGGGCAACAUGCUUACGUCCAUCUUGUUGUUGAUUGCGUCUUCGAGACUCGUGUAAAU